AUGCUACGUUUCCGACAACUAAAUGGUGAUGUGGUCGGUAGUGAUGUGGUCGGUAGUGGUGUGGUCGGUAGUGAUGUGGUCGGUAGUGGUGUGGUCGGUAGUGAUGUGGUCGGUAGUGGUGUGGUCGGUAGUGGUGUGGUGGGUAGUGGUGUGGUCGGUAGUGGUGUGGUCGGUAGUGGUGUGGUCGGUAGUGAUGUGGUCGGUAGUGAUGUGGUCGGUAGUGGUGUGGUCGGUAGUGGUGUGGUCGGUAGUGGUGUGGUCGGUAGUGGUGUGGUCGGUAGUGGUGUGGUCGGUAGUGAUGUGGUCGGUAGUGAUGUGGUGGUCGGUAGUGGUGUGGUCCGUAGUGGUGUGGUCGGUAGUGGUGUGGUCGGUAGUGGUGUGGUCGGUAGUUGUGUGGUGGGUAGUGGUGUGGUCGGUAGUGGUGUGGUCGGUAGUGGUGUGGUCGGUAGUGAUGUGGUGGUCGGUAGUGAUGUGGUCGGUAGUGGUGUGGUGGUCGGUAGUGGUGUGGUCGGUAGUGAUGUGGUCGGUAGUGAUGUGGUCGGUAGUGGUGUGGUCGGUAGUGAUGUGGUCGGUAGUGGUGUGGUCGGUAGUGAUGUGGUGGUCGGUAGUGGUGUGGUCGGUAGUGGUGUGGUCGGUAGUGAUGUGGUCGGUAGUGGUGUGGUCGGUAGUGAUGUGGUCGGUAGUGAUGUGGUCGGUAGUGGUGUGGUCGGUAGUGGUGUGGUCGGUAGUGGUGUGGUCGGUUGUGAUUGUGGUCGGUAG